UCGACCGGCGGGUGUACGUCACAGUGUGAUAAAUUAAAACAAAGUGCAACAAAACAAAACAUUCAGUGCAAAAGUGUUAGGUGUAGUGGUGUUAUCAACAUUCGGACAUUAUGAGCAUGGUAUCCUACUACCCAACGGCGGCGAUGUACAGACACCAACACCAAGCGGCCGCCGCCGCCGCCCAAACCGGCGCCGCAUUCCACCAUCACGCCGCGAAUACCAUGCAUCCACAUUCAUGGUACCCGGGCGGGUACCAUCAUCAGACAAGUGCACAAGUUGCUGGUGCGCCCACAGCGCCUUCGUAUUGCAUGCAAGAUGAGCAACAAAUGUGGCAUUCAGCGCAUCAUUCCGCGGUGGCGGCGGCGUUUCACUCAGAUUUUGGUAGUCAUGAGUUCACACACACGCAUGCUGGACAUGCUGGUAUGCCACACCAUCAUCAGCAGUUAGACUUACCGGAGAAUCAGCUGCCGUCGCCGCCGAUUACUGUUUCCGGAUCGGAGUUGUCGUCGCCCGGUGGUGCUGGCGGCAGUGUGACGCCGCCGAAUCCGUCGGCAAAGACAAGACCUGCGCCGGCACGGAGUCCCUAUGACUGGAUGAAUAAACCAUCGUAUCAGAGUCAACCUAAUCCUGAAUCAAUGAAACCAUUGCUUCUAGAACACAUUGUCGGCCAUGAUCUGCCAAUUGCCGACGAUGUUAGCGAGAACGGCAAAACGCGCACCAAGGACAAAUACCGCGUCGUCUACACCGACUACCAACGCAUCGAGCUCGAAAAAGAAUUCACGCUAAACAAUAAAUACAUAACAAUCCGGCGAAAAACCGAACUCGCCGCUAAUCUAGGCCUAUCCGAGCGUCAGAUCAAGAUCUGGUUCCAGAACCGGCGCGCAAAGGAACGCAAACAAUUAAAGAAACGCCUCGAAGAGACGGGCAAAGACGACGGCAAUGCCGGCCUACACCUACAGCAAUACGAACAAAAGAUGGCGCAGAUGCAGCUGCAGAAUCAAUACUGCGGGCAACUCGCGAUGCAGCCAAGCGGCGGCCAUCAUCAUCCACACACACAUCCACAUACACAUCAUCAACAAUCUCCACAACAACAACAACAACAACAACAACAACAGAAUCAUACAAUGAUGAAUCUUUCACCAAACGCACGAAUGACGCUAAUGGAUCCCGACUAUGACGUGAAACUGGAACAAGUAGGCAUCAAAUAUGACAGUUCACCGAAUCCCGCACCACAGAAUCAACAAUCAGCGGUGUCUGUUUUUUUGCAGGUUAAAACACGCACGAAAGACAAAUACCGCGUGGUGUACAGCGAUCACCAACGUGUCGAACUGGAAAAAGAGUUCUAUUACAGUCGAUACAUCACAAUACGUCGCAAAGCCGAACUGGCGACGAAUCUCGGCUUAUCAGAGCGGCAGGUCAAGAUAUGGUUUCAAAACAGACGCGCAAAAGAACGUAAACAAGUCAAGAAACGCGAUGAAUUCCCCACGGAUGUAAACAACGUGAACAAUUCACUGCCUGGUAUAUUACCAAGCAGUUCUACAGCAACAAAAACUCACCUUAUACAGUUUACUAAUCAUGAUCUGCAACAUCAUUUUCCAUUCACGGAGAUUACGAGCAGUGGAUUAAUGAUUGACGGACAGUACAAUCACAAUCUACACGUUGAUGGCACAGGGUUGCAUCCGGUAAUAGCUGGUGUGUCUGGUCUUGCAGAAUUAUACGAUAAUCAGGAUGACGAGCAGGAACACGAGCACGCAGCGGACGAUUUGAAGUCAACUGCCGGCGAACAACUAAACGGCGGGAACUGUGCGGACGAAAAUUGACGGUUUAACGUAGGCAUCCAAACAUACGAAAUUGAUCUGCUUUAAGUAUUAUUUGAUUGUAUUUUAUUGUUAAGUUUUUAAAGCAUUAUUUUAUUUGAUUAAUUAUAAAACAAUUAGGGGAUUGGUGCAAAAUACAAUGAAAAGUAAAAUUUUAUAAGAAAUUAAA